AAAACAUUACUCGACUGCGGGGAGAGAAUUCCGUGUCGUGUUUCUACUUCCUGUUUCCGGAAAGCUCUUUUUACUUCACGGUGUCCGGCAAAGGGUUCAACAUCAAUUUUAAGAAAAAUAUAUAUAUAUACAUUAAUACACAAAAAUUACGCCAUGACAGCUGGUCUGAGCCCUGAGAAGGUCGCCUCCUUCACCAAGAAGCUGAAGUCGGAGCCCCGCUACCUGCUGGCUCAGAAUGUGUCGACCUGCAUCGACCCCCUGGAGGUGUGUCUGCACAGGACGACGGUGCAGGACACCGUCCACGUCUUCCAGCACGCCAUCCCCAGCGAGGGCAAGCCCAUCACCCACCAGAAGAGCUCAGGAAGGUGCUGGAUCUUUUCCUGCCUCAACGUGAUGCGUCUCCCGUUCAUGAAGAAGUUUAACUUGGAGGAAUUCGAGUUCAGCCAGUCCUAUCUGUUCUUCUGGGAUAAGAUUGAACGCUGUUACUACUUCCUGCACGCCUACGUGGAGACGGCCCAGCGGAAAGAGCCUGUGGACGGGAGACUGGUCCAGUUCCUUCUGUCCAACCCCUCCAACGACGGAGGACAGUGGGACAUGCUGGUCAACCUUAUCGAAAAAUACGGCGUUGUGCCCAAGAAGAGUUUCCCGGAGUCGCACAGCUCGGAGGCCUCCAGACGGAUGAAUGACAUUCUGAACCACAAGAUGAGAGAGUAUUGCCUCAGACUGAGGAACAUGGUAGCCAGCGAUGCGUCUAAAGCAGAGCUCUCUGAGACCAUGGAUACUAUGAUAGAGGAGGUGUUUCGGGUGGUGAGUGUCUGUCUGGGCAGCCCUCCCAGUAUGUUCACCUGGGAGUACCGAGACAAGGAGAAGAACUUCCAUCGGCUGGGGCCGCUGAGCCCGCUGCAGUUCUACAGAGAGCAUGUCAAACCACUGUACAACAUUGAGGACAAGAUCUGCCUGGUGAAUGACCCUCGACCCCAGAACCCCUACAAUAAGCUGUACGGUGUAGAGUUCCUGGGUAACAUGGUGGGCGGCCGCGGGACCAACUACAACAACCAGGCCGUGGACGUGCUCAAGAAAGCUGCUGCGGACUCCAUCAAAGACGGGGAGGCUGUGUGGUUCGGCUGCGAUGUUGGGAAGCACUUCCACGGCAAGCUGGGUAUCAACGACAUGGACGUGUUUAACCAUGAGCUGGUGUUUGGGAUCUCUGUGAAGAACCUGUCCAAGGCUGAGAGGUUAAUAUUUGGAGACUCCUUGAUGACCCAUGCCAUGGUCCUGACUGCUGUCACUGACAAGGAAGAGAAGGGGGGAAGUUACGAGAAGUGGAGAGUUGAGAAUUCCUGGGGAGACGACCGUGGAAACAAAGGCUACCUCAUCAUGACUGACGACUGGUUCUCUGAGUAUGUUUACGAGGUAGUCGUGGACAAGAAGUACCUCUCCACAGAGGUGCUGGAAGUGACGAAACAAGAACCGGUGGUCCUCCCAGCCUGGGAUCCAAUGGGAGCCCUCGCUUAACCACGGAAAGCACUUGUCUGUUUUUACAUUGCCAGUCGACUGCUCUUAUAAACUCUAGAAAACAUGUACCAGCCCAAUAAAAACAAGGACGUUUUAUACUGAUCAAACGCUUGAGUGAGUGCCAUUGCUGUUUGUGGGUAGAAGUGUGAAUGCUUGGUCUGAUAUUUAAACUCUAUGUAGCGGGCUCCGGUUUUGUUUCAGAAUACAGUUGAGAUAAACCGAGCUGCUAGGUACUGUUGCUUCCUUGCACGGUAUAUUUUUACCUGUGCAGUUUUUAAGUUCAGUUUUCUGGGUAUUUCUCCAGUUUUUCUACUGCUUGCACACAGAAGGUUACAGUGGAGAGGGUGCUUCUUACUGUACAGGAUCCAAGGCAGUAGCUUCGUGUGAACACCCUUGUAUUCAUUCUUGAAAGUGAGCUCUGUGUUGCCUCAUAGCAUGCUAAAGAAAUUGAAUUCUGCACCAUAUAAUGCAGUGCACCCUGGAUAAUUCACAAAUGUGGUUGAUUCAUGUUGACAGCAAACUGUACAAGAACUACAAUGUUUACUUAUACAGCAUGAGUGCCCUUCACUGUUUUCUAAAUGUCAUGUUUUCUUUUAUGCGUAAAUCAGAUAGCAGAAUGAAGAGUAAGCACUGUA